AUGGAAAACAACGCAUUCCACUUUGUGAAUGAUAAUGAUGAUAAUAAUCUUGAAUCUUCAGACAUCAUUUUCUACGUUAUAGAUGAACUUGGCUUGACACCAAACAAUGCUGAAUCCUCCGUUGUAGAUAAUGACGAUGAGUCCUACAACAUGAGUUUACACAUAAUAGAUGAGAUUGAAUCGCAAGAACAACAACAACAACAACAACAACCACAACAACAACAAGCAUUUCAAGUUGUAGACGAUGUUGAACAAUCGACUGUCCGUUUUAACCUAAUCCAGCGAGCUGUUUCCUUUAAAAUUAACCCCGUUCCGGAGAACAUUCAUCCCGUGAAUUGGAUACGCAACGGAAUAACCUCAAUUGUUCAACAUUCAUUGGAGGGACUCAAUCCGGAGGAUCGCGUCGGGUUUUCGUUUUCUGGUAGUGAACUUGUUCGCGGUGAAGCCUGGGCACGCUUCAAACCAAGGCAUUCAGUGUCCGCUGAUGAGGUGCUCGAUUUGGUGCAAUCAGUAUACCAAUCUAAUUCGGCUGGUGUGAACACUGAAACUUUUCAGAUAAAAGUGACGGUUAUUAAGAUGCCUGUGGGUAUGGGGCGUGCCCAGAAAACAAAAUAUAAUAGUUUCGAAGAAGAAUGUGCUGCAAGAAGAGGUAUUAUUGUUAUAAAAAAUUCAGAUAACCUUUGCCUGCCACGGGCACUUGUAGUGUUAAUCGCGAAACUGACCAGUGAUCCACAAUUCGUACAGGUUCGCCGGGACAUUGGACAACUACAAGGAAUACGAGCUAUGGAACUGUGCCAGAGAGCGGGUGUUGAUAUUCCCGCAGAGGGUGCCGGGAUUCAGGAGUUGCAAGCAUUCCAAAGGGUUUUAUCCGAAUACAGAAUUACAGUGUUCAAAUACGGUGCCGGUGGACGAGAGGUGAUUUUUAAAGGACAAAGUGAAGGACCAACCCUUAAUUUGCUACUCCACAAAGAACAUUACAACGCGAUUGUAUCGUUAACCUCUGCGUUUUCCUGUGAUUACUACUGCGAAGAAUGUAAUCUUCCCUACAAUACACGCGUCAACCAUCGUUGCAGUGGGAUUUGUCCGUGCUGUCGUGAAUCACCACGGUGCGAGGCUGAGGAGAAAAUAGAGUGUGUGGAUUGUCAUCGUCACUUCAGGAGCCGGAAAUGUUUGGAAAAUCAUCUACGGAUUAAGAAGACAUCCAACGUGUGUGCCGACUUGCGAUUGUGUCAAAGGUGCUUUAAAACUGUCGAUGGAAAACGUAGGCAUGAAUGUAGUGAAAUUUUUUGUAAGAUCUGUAAAAAACACCAUCAGAUAAAUCAACAGUGUUAUAUUCAGCCAAACACAAAGGAACCCUGCCUUACUGAUUUAUUAUUCAUAUUUUACGAUUUGGAAACACGACAGGACACCAUUCAGACCGACGGCAGUGCAGUGCAUGAAACCACAUUGUGUGUGUUUAAAUUGUGUUGUUCCAACUGUUUAGAUACGGAAGUGGAAUUUUGUGAAAAAUGCGGCGUAAGGACCCACGUAAUUAUCAACAACCCUAUUGAAAAUUUUAUGAACUUUGUGUUGAAUCAAAGGAAAAUUUUCAAAAGAGUGACUGUGAUUGCACAUAACGGUCAAGCAUUCGACCAUCAGUUAAUCCUGAACUAUAUUCUCACCAAAACAGACAUCAAGCCAAACUUAAUUAUGCGGGGGACAAAAAUUAUUUUGGCUGAGGUGGGAAAUGUGCGAUUUUUGGACUCGCUAAAUUAUUUUCCAAUGGCUCUGGCAAAGCUACCUAAAGCUUUCGGCCUUGCUGGAAACUUUAAGAAGGGUUAUUUUCCACACUUGUUUAACACCCUGGAAAAUCAGCAAUACGUGGGUCCUUUACCAUCUGCUGAAUUUUACGGUCCGAAUCAAAUGAAGCCCGAGGACCGACAUACGUUUUUAAACUGGCAUCAAGAACAUCAGAAUGAUGUUUUUAAUUUCCAGGAGGAAAUCGUCGCAUAUUGCAAGUCGGACGUGGAAAUACUAAUGAGAGCCUGUCUUUCAUUUAGGUCGAUGCUUCUUAACGAGUGUAAGGUUUGUCCAUUCACCGAAGCAACAACAAUAGCAUCAGCGUGUAAUAAGGUGUUUGCACGAAACUAUCUGGAAGCCGAUACAAUCGCCGUUAUUCCCCGUGGUGGUUACCGAUUGGCUGAUAAUCAAUCGGUUAUCGCUUUACAAUGGUUGUUGUGGGAGGAGAACGUACGAGGAAUCACCAUACACCACGCCGGUACAGGUCGAGAACACCUAGUAGGAGGACGACUCAAAGUUGACGGUUUUAACGAGGAGCAGCGUCAGGUAUUCGAGUUUCACGGUUGUUACUUCCAUGGAUGCACCAGCUGUUUCAAAUUUCACCGAGACACAUCGAUUGGAGGAGGUAAAAUGGAUACCAUGCGAAAUCGUUACGAGGCCACCACCUUUAAAACGACUCGACUUCGCAACCUGGGAUUUGAAGUCAUCGAAAUGUGGGAAUGUAACUUCCGCGCAUUAUUAAAACAGAGUUGUGAAGUGCGUGAUUUUGUCGAAAACCAUCCCGUGUUGGCAACAUCACCAUUGAAUCCUCGUGACGGUUUUUAUGGAGGCCGAACCGGAAACACUGUUACUUACUACAAAUGUAACGAGGGACACCCCACAAUUUAUGUAGGAUCUGCAGCCCGGGACAUUGAUUUAUCCACCGUAGAUGGCAUGGUGAAAUGUAAAAUUUUACCACCCGCGCAGUUGUACCACCCCGUUCUCCCUGUCAGGAUGAAGGGAAAGUUAAUGUUCGCCCUUUGCAACAGCUGUGGUAAAAGUUCACAGCAGCGUGAGUGUUGCCAUACGGAGGAAGAACGAUUGUUCACAGGGACAUGGGUAAUUUGA